GUUUUGGCUCUUGCUGGAGCACUUCCUGACGCGGCUUUUCCUUACUGCAAUUCAUUGGGAUUGAGAACUUUGACCAAGGACUUGCCAGACGUGGUUGUUUCCCGUACAGCAAUGAAUACUCUUACUGUCGUUCACUAAUAGGAAUGACGAUUCUCGAGCGGUUGCUAAAGUUCCUGCAACGCCGAAGAACAUGCUUGUCAUUGUGGCCAUGAGCGCAAGCCAUUUCGUACUUGAGUGGCCUUCCCACUGUGAAGACGUGAAGAUUACUCCUCAUGACUCGAAUCGGCUUGGUGCUGACCUCUUCAAUUCCUCAAGCCUAACCUUCGUAGCGGAGAUCAUCAUUUUCUUCGCCGACUUGUGGGUGCACACGACCUUCUCGCUAUUGGCUAGUAAGGGCUAUAAGAACAAUCCAAAUCUACUCAAGAUCAUCUGGGCAAUUAUGAUCAUUCAGCAGGUCCAUUUUUGUUUCGGAUCCGCACCUACUACUGAGACCCGUUGGAUCCACGCAUCCAUCCUUUUAUCCGAGAUUCUGUCUAGUUCGUGGUUACUAGGAAAGCUAGAUGGACAGUCGACCAGCGUUGCUGCACUCUGCCCGCUCCUAAGAAGUCACGUUGAAGUGGUACACGGCGUCAGUCUAGCGUGUACAUGCGCUAUGUACAGUCUCUUUAUAUUGGUUGUAAUUGGUCAAUCGUCCAUACGUGCUGUUUUGGCACUCAUCAGAUGCCGGGAGAGUAUAUAAAUGAACCACUACGUGAUUUUUAUUGUGUCCAUGAAAAGAUUCGGGCUUACAGUAGGUGGCCAAGUAAAACUAAUGCUCACUG